AUGCCGUUAUCAGUAAUCUUCCCAGUAUCACUGCCGGGGAGGCACUAUCGACUCAGAAAUUUCUUAUCGACUUGGCCAUCAAAGCAAACGUCCGCUUUUUUUGUCCCCUCCGAAUACGGGAUCGAUACUUCCACAGAUUCCGCUGCCGAAUAUAUUUCGUUUCUGCAAGACAAGAUAGAGACUGUAAAGUACCUUCAAGCACGAGAGGAGAAAUUUUCCUGGUUUGCUGUGAUCUCUGGUGGCUUGUUCGAUUGGGGUCUGAAUAUUCUUGGGUUUGGUGGUUGGAAUGUUGCUGCCAGAACGGCGACAAUUUUUAACGGCGGCAACAUUUCUUUCGAAGCAACGACCGUAUGUCAGGCCGGCAGAGCAGUUACUCUAGCUUUAAGACACCCCAAGCUAGUCCAGAACCAAUUUAUCUUCGUAAACAGCUUCACAACCACACAGAAUGCUGUUUUGGAGUCUCUAGAGAGGCACAUUGGUGCUCCGUUCGACGUUAUUCCUAGAACUGUGGAAGAAUUAUAG